UCCAGGUCUGACAGCACAAAGACACCAAAGCUCAGGACAGGAGCAUCCUGAACAUCUCUACACACUGAGACAACAUGGACACAAGAGCCUCCCUCUCCAUUCUGCUGCUGCUGUUUGGCGUCUCACAGGCGUCUUAUUUCAUGGAACCAAGCCAUGAAGAUGUGUUCAUAACACUGCCAGAAAAUGUUGAUAUCACUACACAGAUUUUGGAGUCCAACAAUGGGUCUUCUGAAAUCUUGAUUGAAGGAGAUCUGGUGUUUCCAAAAACCAGAAAUGCUCUCUACUGCCUGAACAACAACUGUUUCUGGAAGAAAAACGCAAACAACAUAGUCGAGAUCCCUUACAUAGUGAGCAGUGAAUUCUCCUAUUAUGACAGAUCAGUGAUUGCGAACGCCAUGUCCACCUUUCACUCCAAAACCUGCAUCCGCUUUGUGGCCAGAUCAACUCAGACCGACUACAUCAGUAUUGAGAACAAAGAUGGGUGCUACUCUUCUCUUGGUAGAACUGGUGGCAAACAGGUGGUCUCCCUCAACAGGUACGGCUGUGUGUAUCACGGCAUUGUUCAGCACGAGCUCAAUCACGCCCUGGGCUUCUACCACGAGCAAACCAGGAGCGAUCGCGACCAGUACGUCAAGAUCAACUGGGAGAACAUCUCUCCUGAUAUGGCCUACAACUUCCAGAGACAAAACACCAACAACCAAAACACUCCAUACGACUACGGCUCCGUCAUGCACUAUGGAAGAACAGCCUUCUCCAUCCAGCCCGGACUGGAAACCAUCACUCCCAUUCCUGAUGGGACGGUGGAAAUCGGACAGAGGCAGGGAAUGUCCAACACCGACAUCCUGAGGAUCAACAAGCUGUAUGGAUGCUGA